UUACACUUGGUGCACGCCGACAGUGAUUAUUCAGUGUAGAAAGUUUACCACUCAAAUGGAUGUCUCGUUGGGGAUUAUAUCUGUAGCUUUGGCUCUCAUUACGCUAAUUGCAAUUUGGAUUAAUUCAUACCAUACGUACUGGGCAAAACGGGGAGUCGAAACGCUACAUACGACACCACUAAUAGGAAACACGCAAAACAUCUGGUUACUAAAGGAACCCAUGAUGCUCAAUUUAAAACGGACGUAUGACCACUUUAAAGCGAAAGGUAAAAAAUACGCCGGAUACUACUUUCUUAUGAAGCCUAUCUUUGUGCCAAUCGAUCUGGAUUUAAUCAAAGCGAUUGGUGUUAACGAUUUUAAUCAUUUCACUGAUCACAUCGGCCAACUGGACGAAAAGGGUGACCCCCUGAGCAACCACCUAUUUAACCUAAAGGGAGAUCGAUGGAAAUUUAUAAGACCGAAGAUCUCAGCUACAUUUACGUCGGGAAAAUUAAAGGGAAUGUUCGACGGUAUGCUAAGCUACAGCAAGCAAUUGGCCGAUUUAAUCGACAAAAUGGCUGAUCGCACCAAAGCGAUUGAUAUCGAGCGCAUAUCACUACUAUACACCUCCGAUAUCAUCAUCUACAAUGUAUUUGGAGUUAAAAGCAGGAUGCUUAUGGGUGAAGAAUUUGAGUUCGAAAGGUGUCUCAAGAAGUUGCACGGUGCAGACUUCAAGAACGCAUUGCACAAGUUAAUUACUUUCACAUUACCCGACUUAUAUACCGCACUUAGUUUGAAAACUUUUGAUAAGAGAAUGACAAACUUCUUCAUGAAUUUUGUUAAACAACAUUUAGAGCAACGUUCAAAAAGUAAUCUUAAGCAGAAGGAUUUUGUUCAACUGUUGCUCGAGUGUGGUUCAACUUCAAACGGAGAAAGUGAACGUCCGUUGAGUUUGGAAGAAAUCUGCGGGCAAUACCUCGUUUACUUUUUCGCAGGUACCGAUACAGUUGCUAGAGCGAUAUCGUUCACGCUAUUUGAGUUAUCUCUCAAUAAAGACCUCCAAGAGAAGGCUAGAGAUGAAAUCAAAAGCGUUCGAAAAAAUUUCAACGGAGAACUUUGUUACGAGGGAGUACUUAAAAUGAAAUAUUUAGCAAACUGCAUCACAGAAACACUUAGAAAACACCCUCCUGCAAUGAUAACUACUCGAGUCUGCACCAAAAAGUACAAAAUUCCAGAUACCGACGUCACUAUAGAGAAGGGAACGUAUGUUUUGAUACCAAUCUACGCUAUACAUAUGGAUCCCGAAUAUUUUCCAAACCCUGAAAUCUACGAUCCCGAUAGAUUUUCAGACGGAACCAAAACAAAUCCCAACUCCUUUGCAUAUAUGCCCGCAGGUGUCGGUCCCCGGAUGUGCCUUGGAUUCAAGUUUGGAGUGUUGGAAGCAAGCAUCGUAUUGUCGCUUCUCCUUUCGCGAUUCAAAUUCUCUGUCCAUCCUGAUACGAAAAUGCCGCUGAAGUAUGACGCUUGGGCCUUUUCUCCACAUCCGUCGCCGCCCAUAAAACUUGUUGCUGAGAGAAUAGAUAAGUUAUGAUGAACGUUACUCUUACACGUAAUGCUACAAAAUAACGUAAUCCAAUUUUAUUCUGAGAUAUGAUAACAAUAAUCAUGUAUAUUUGAUGCUUUGUAAAAUAACAGGUAAACCUUCUGAG